UGAGCCACCCAGGCGCCCCCAAAUAACUUAUUCAUAUCAGCUAUGCUUCGAUUCUUUCCUAGAUCCCAAGCUUACUAGAGAAGCAGUUUAUAUUCAUUUUUCUUCUAAGUUAACAAAACUUUCAUGAAAACAUGCUGUUCCACAUGUGGCUUUGUGGAUAUAAUCACAUGUCUAUUACUGUUUCUGUGUCUGCUUAAUCUUUACGGCUACGCUGUGCCUGUCCCAGAGGCUUUAUUUGGCUGAUUUGUUUUCUUUACUUGGCAGUGGGAGCCAUGGAUAAUACAUAAUGAGGAUCUGCUUUGUUUGUUUGGUGAUGAUUAUUCCAGUGUUAAGGUCAAGGAACUGAGUUUUAAAAUGGAAAGACAAUUCAUCCCACUGUUAUUUAAUGAUACCUUCUGUGUGCAAAGAACAAAAUGCUACAGAAUAUGUCUCUAUCUGCAAAGAAUACCUUUCCAUGAAGAGGGACAGAAGACACAACCAUCAUAAAAUUCAUCUUAAGCACAAUGUCAAAUCAGUGGUAGAAACAAUAGUGUGGGCAUUCGGGAAUGGGAAAAAUCACUCUGACUUGGGAUGGCUAAGGUAAACUUCCUGGAGAAGUUGAGACUUAGUUAAGAUCAUGUAGGAUGUCUGGUUAAUGGCGCAUCUGAUAUGGGUAAAAAAAUGAACAAAAUUUGCAAUGGAAUGCAUUGUACAAAUGUGACGGCCAUUGGAUACAGUGGAAUGACAGUCAACCUUGUGUGGGAGAGGAGAGGCAGGAAAUUGGAUCAGAUUGUGGAGGGUCUUUAGUUUUGUUUUUUGUUUUUGUUUUUUCCAAAAACAUUCCUUGGAAGUAUCCUAUUUUAUCAAGCAUAAGGCAUAAAUAUUAGGGCUGGAAAAUCCUUCAUGGCUUUGCUGACAUGAAAAAAAAGAACCUGCUUUAUUGAUGAGCCUGUGUCUUUGUACAUUAUAUCCAUGAGUGCUAUUAACUUCAGUGUUUUCUGUAUGUUUCAGACAUUAGUCUCUUACCAUGGGGGAUUGGAAUUUAUUGGGUGGCAUCCUAGAGGAAGUUCACUCCCACUCAACUGUAGUGGGGAAAAUCUGGCUGACCAUACUCUUCAUUUUCCGAAUGCUGGUACUUGGUGUGGCUGCUGAAGAUGUCUGGGAUGAUGAACAGUCAGCAUUUGCCUGCAACACCCAGCAGCCAGGUUGCAACAACAUCUGUUAUGACGAUGCUUUCCCUAUCUCUUUGAUCAGGUUCUGGGUUUUACAGAUCAUCUUUGUGUCUUCUCCUUCUCUGGUGUAUAUGGGCCAUGCACUUUAUAGACUCAGGGCCUUCGAAAAGGAGAGGCAGAAGAAAAAGUCACACCUCCGAGUCCAGAUGGGGAAUCCCGAGCUUGAAUUGGAGGAGCAACAAAGGAUAGAUAGAGAGCUGAAGAGGUUAGAGGAGCAGAAGAGAAUUCAUAAAGUCCCUCUAAAAGGAUGUCUGCUGUGUACUUAUGUCUUACACAUCUUGACAAGAUCUGUGAUGGAAGUAGGGUUCAUGAUAGGCCAAUAUAUUCUCUAUGGGUUUCAAAUGCACCUGCUUUACAAAUGCACUCAACCUCCUUGUCCUAAUGCAGUGGAUUGCUUUGUAUCCAGGCCCACAGAGAAGACAAUUUUCAUGCUCUUUAUGUACAGCAUUGCAGCCAUCUGUUUGUUCCUCAAUGUACUGGAAAUAUUUCAUCUGGGAAUCAGGAAAAUCAUGAAGGCACUUUAUGAGAAAUCCAGCAAUGAGGGCACUGAGGAUGAAAGCAGCACCCCAUUCCAUUUGAAAAAAUAUUCAUUGGCCCAGGAGUGUAUGAUUUGCUCUCCCUUGCCUAAAAGAAUCCCUCUACUUCAAGCAAACAAUCAACAGCAAGUCAUUUGAGUCAAUGUGCCGAAGUCUAAAACCAUGUGGCAAAGCUCACAGCCCAUGCAACUUGAAGUAGACUUGUGCUGUGUUAAAGAAGAGUGGGCUGAGAAGGAUCAGCACAGUGGACAGCUCCAUGCCCACAGCCCAUGUCUCUGGGUAGCCAGUACUCAAAGUCAGCACCCCGGACAGCAACUGGACUGUUCCUCUGGCCUACACAAGCAGUCUCAGUCCUGCCUAGAUACAGAGAUAGCUCCUAGACACUGCCCAUCCUAUGCAAUAGGAACCUGGGGGCAGUCCCAGGAUCGAUGACUCUCAGGAGAGGCUCUCACAGAUUUACACAGUAAAUGUAGAGACAGCGAUGGCAGUGUGAGAAAGAGUGGGGUCUGGACAGACAGAUCUUACCUGGGCAGUCACAAGGCCAGCUUUCUGUCCAGAUUACUGUCUGAAAAGGGACACUGGUACAGUGACUCAGGAAGCUCCAGUUCUCGGAACAGCUCUUGCUUGGACCUUCUGCACCGGGAAAAUAGCCCCUCGCUUCUGCCUUCAGCUACUGGAUACAGAACAUCAAUCGUAAGUAAAGAUGGACAGCCUCUGAACAUAGGACUAUUGCAAGAGGUUUUCCACUCUAGCUACUUCUUAGCCUUCGCUGUCCAGCUACGGUGUGUAUAUGUGUAUGUUAAGAGAGAGGGAGAGAAGGUGAGGGAGGUUAAUUUAUGGAGAGUUAAAUCCUGUCAUUCAAUACAUUCAGUUAAAUUCAAUUCAUGA